ACGUCACUCGAUUUUCCGACAUUGAAGCACGAGUUCUGAAAAUAAUUUAAAUUUCUGGAAAAAUCUGUGUUUAAAGUGGAAAAUUCCUGCUCAAAAUGGCUGAAUUGUGCUUCGACUCAUACGGAAACCCGUUCAUCCUGUUCAAGGAUCAGGACAAACAAAAGAGAUUGACUGGAAAUGAUGCCAUCAAAAGUCACAUCAUCGCUGCCCGUACUGUAGCCAACAUUGUCCGUACUUCGUUGGGUCCCCGUGGCUUGGAUAAGAUUCUCGUGUCGCCCGAUGGCGAAGUCACUGUCACAAAUGACGGCGCUACCAUCCUGAAACAAAUGGAUGUCGAUCACGAAAUCGGCAAGCUGAUGGUUCAACUGUCGCAAUCGCAGGACGAUGAAAUCGGUGACGGAACAACGGGAGUUGUUGUCUUGGCUGGUGCCUUACUCGAGCAAGCGGAUGCGUUAAUUGAUCGCGGAAUUCAUCCAAUCCGUAUUGCUGAUGGCUUUGAGCUUGCUGCGCAAUGUGCUGUGCAACAAUUGGAAGCCAUUGCUCAACCGUAUCCCAUCAAACUCGAUAAUUUGGAGCCUCUCAUCAAGGUUGCCAUGACAACGCUCGGCAGUAAGAUCGUCAACAAGUGCCAUCGACAAAUGGCGGAGAUCGCUGUCAACGCUGUACUUGCAGUUGCUGACUUGGAAAAGCGCGAUGUCAAUUUCGAGUUGAUCAAAAUCGAGACAAAAGUUGGCGGAAAACUCGAAGAUACGACUUUGGUCAAGGGAGUUGUCAUCGACAAGACCAUGAGUCACUCACAGAUGCCCAAAACGUUGAAAGACGUCAAGCUGGCAAUUCUCACGUGUCCCUUCGAGCCUCCAAAGCCCAAAACGAAGCACAAGUUGAACGUCACCUCCGCCGACGACUAUCGCGAGUUGCGCAAAUACGAACAAGACAAAUUCCAGGAGAUGGUAAAGCAAGUAAAAGAUGCCGGAGCAACGCUCGCCAUCUGUCAAUGGGGUUUCGAUGACGAAGCUAAUCACUUGUUGUUGCAACAAGAGCUUCCCGCAGUUCGUUGGGUUGGCGGACCCGAAAUUGAGUUGAUCGCUAUUGCAACUGGAGGUCGUAUUGUGCCCCGUUUCGAGGAAUUGACAGCAGAAAAGCUCGGAUUUGCCGGUUUGGUGCGUGAAAUGUCCUUUGGCACGACAAAAGACAAGAUGUUGGUGAUCGAGGAGUGCAAAAACUCGAAAGCUGUUACAAUUUUGAUCCGUGGCGGCAAUCAAAUGUUGAUCGCGGAAGCUAAACGAUCAAUUCACGAUGCCUUGUGUAUCGUACGUUCAUUGAUUAAAGACUCGCGUAUCGUUUAUGGCGGCGGCGCAGCGGAAAUUUCCUGCUCAUUGGCUGUCGCAAAGGAAGCCGAUCAACUUUCGUCGUUGGAACAAUACGCUUUCCGUGGUUUUGCCGAAGCUUUGGAGUCAAUCCCGUUAGCGUUGGCGGAAAAUAGUGGUUUGGCACCGAUUGAAACUCUGUCGGAGCUGAAAUCGCGUCACAUUAGCGAAAAAUGCAGCAGUUUGGGCGUCGAUUGCAUGCUUACCGGAAACUCUGACAUGAAGCACCACAACGUCAUCGAGUCACUGAAUUCCAAAAAGCAACAAAUUUUGCUCGCUACCCAAUUGGUUAAGAUGAUACUCAAAAUCGAUGAUGUCCGAACAUCAUCUGAAGAGUUUUAAGUUUUUCGUUUGCGACUUUUUAACGUAUUUUGCACCACACACACAUCUCACAUUAACAAGCUUCGUUUCACUUUGUAUCCUUAAAAUGUAACAUUUUCGUUAAAAUUUUGCAAGAAUAUCAGUAAUUAAUCAUUUUUAUUAUAACUAUUAUGAUCAUCAUUAAUAAAGAAAUUGCUUGAGUCACUUAAA